AUGUACGGCGCAAUACGACCGACAUUGCGGGCAUCUACACGGAGGCCCCCAGCACGAUUCAUCCGCGGUCGUCGAUACCCGUCCUCCCACCGAACACGCUCGUUUCACUCCACGCCCUACCUCGCAGUUACUCCGACACCUCCGGCCGGCCCAGAUAAUACGCCCGUCAGCAACAAUGGCGUGGACAAGAAGAACCGCGAGAAGGCGGCGGCCGAGCAAACAGACACCGGGAUAGCUGCCGAAGACCCGGAGAUUCUUGCGCAGAAGCUGCAGCGCUCCAGAGAAAUGACGCGGAGAUACUCGUCAGCAUUGCGACGCUCGCAAAGACGGAAUCGCGCCCAGGACUUGCCGCCCGUGGUCGUUCCGAACUGGUUUCUGAGGAAGAGGGUCUUUACGCGGGAGGAAAUGCGUGAGCACCCACUCAAUCGCCUUGGACACAAUAAUUUCACACUGUCGUUGCAGCGCCUGAAUUCAGAGGAGGCUGGUAAAUUUUCGGUCCCGUUGAACAAUCUAUCGAGCGGUGUGAAGAUCCUGUCUCGGUUGGUUUUCGCAACUUGGAAUAGUACCUUGAGUGCGGAUCAAAGGAGGCAGUUCGCGAGGCAGUUGGCGUCGAGCAUAGGGGCUGGAGAUAAUGAGCGCGUGCGGCAGCUGACUGAGGUGAAGGAACUUAUCAAGGACUCGGGCAAUGCAGGCCUUUUGGAGAUCAACCAGACUUUGGUACGCCAGGAAAAGGAUCUAGAGCGGGUGUCACGCGAAUACGAGGCUCUCAUGCGACAGAGGAACAUGGACAAGGCUCAAAUUCCGCCUUUGGCGCUGGCUGAGAUUCGGGCUACCAUUGCUGCAUCUUUGUCCGCUCUGCCAGCGGCCGCUACUGAUACCUUUCCUUCCACGAAGACGAAUUUGAUACUACAUUCGCCCUCCAACGAGCAUGACAGACUGAUAGGGAGAACAGUCAUGUCAAUAGCAUCUGAGCUAGGGGCCGAUGUUGUCGUGCUUGAAGCUCAAGAUCUCGCGGAAAUUGCUGGAGACUACCUAGGCGACGGAGCAGACCCAUCACCUCAUUCGAUACGAUCCCUGGGCUACGAAACGUAUCGGCUUAGUGCGGAGCUCGGAAAUGACAUGGAAGAGCUAUGGAAGGAGGACCCGUUUUCUGAGGACCAGGAGGAAGCGGCCACACCCCAAGCGCCAACGGAGCCUUUCCGUAGGGCGUUUAAGGGUAUGCCAAUAUCGAUAAUCGCCAUCGAUCCCAUUUCGAAAUCAAUUACGCAAAGUAUUCAUGCCUUGCGGGUGCCUGCCUCUGACGCCAGUGCCGCGUCGACAAAUGAACAGCAGGGUCGACUGCAGACGCAAGGCGAAGCCCAAUUGGAGGACCUGAAACUCUCGAAUUUACUUGAGGCUCUGAUUGACUCCAGCGAAGUCAAGCGUAGUCGCGGUGGCCCCACUGUGGAACACGUCACCCGACUAUCCACCGUUCCAAAGGACAAUGCUCCGACUCCCAUAACGCCCAAAUUAUUCGACAGAUUCUUCGACUACUCGAUGACUCCUAGAGGGGACAAAGUCGAUCUCGCCCCUGCCUUACCAAUCAAGGCUAUACCCAGAUUCGGCCUCGCCGUGGACGUCGGUACAUCCCCAAGAUCGGAAAGAAUCCUUCCGAAAUCCAAGAUCAUCUAUGUUCAAGACAUUAAAGAGCUCAACGCGACUCAAUAUGGCAACCGAAUAAUUCAAAAGCUCGAAGAUAUCGUCCGAAAGCAGAGGAGAGCGGGUGAAAGCAUUAUGAUAGUCGGUAGCAGUUGCUCUCUGGACCUCACACCUGACCUCUCUGCAAAUGGGGUGCAUGGCCUCCAGUCAGAGGGCGAGGCUGGCUUGUUCAGGACUAUUGUCGUCCCGACAGAAUCGGCGGAUGAGUCCAAGAACGAGGGGCCGUUUCCUGAUAGUAAAGCCUACCAUCAAUCUCGGUCGCUCGAGAGACUAUCGUCCUUAGUAGAAAAGAAGAAGUUCCGGAAGAUCAACUUACGACACAUACAAAGCAUGCUGCGAUGCCUCGACCCUCUUGCGUCACGCGCCAUUUCCGACGACGAGAAAGGCCCGGAAGAGUUACGCGCAGCUGCAUCAGUAUUACCAGAGUCUUAUUUCUGGAAAGUCCUGACCUACGACGAGGUCCACCGGAUAGCAUUAACCGCCCUUGGUCUACAACGUAUGGAUCACAACUGCAAAGAGCUGAACUGGGCCCAUGUGGCUCUCGCUAUGGGCCUGUUGAAAGCCAGUGACGAAGCGAAGGUCGCUUACAUUAAGCGUAAGGCCGAGCAAACAGCCCGCGGUGAUAGUCGGCAUCCAGACUCGUUCGAUCGAUGGACGAAGGGUGUAGAAGAAAGGAUGCGGAACGCCGCCGUUGGAACUGAAGAUCCGGGCGCGGCAACAUACGCCCAGCGCGAGCGCCAAUUACAAAAUGUCUCAAUGGGCGCUACAAAGCAUGAGAAGCGACUAUUGCCGGGCAUUGCAAAUCCAGACCAGAUCAAGACCACCUUCGACCAGGUCCACGUUUCUCCUGAGACCGUAGACUCGAUUCGGACACUCACGUCCAUGUCGCUCCUUCGCCCAGAUGCUUUCAACUAUGGCGUGCUUGCUACGGAAAAGAUAUCGGGCGCUCUUCUUUAUGGUCCUCCUGGAACCGGUAAGACCUUGCUUGCGAAAGCCGUCGCAAAGGAAAGCGGAUGCACAGUGCUUGAAGUUUCUGGAAGCCAGAUCAUGGACAAGUACGUUGGUGAAGGCGAAAAGAACGUUGCCGCCAUCUUCUCUCUUGCCCGGAAACUUACCCCUUGUAUCGUCUUCCUAGAUGAGGCGGAUGCCAUCUUUGGCUCGCGUGACACGGCUCGUGAGCGGACUUCACAUCGAGAUAUUCUAAACCAAUUUCUCAAGGAAUGGGAUGGACUGAACGACUUAUCGGUGUUUGUCAUGGUCGCAACAAAUCGUCCGUUUGAUCUAGACGAUGCGGUUAUUCGACGACUGCCGAGGCGCUUACUAGUUGAUUUGCCUACCCAGGCCGACCGAAAGGAGAUCAUGAAGAUCCACCUCCGAGGCGAGCAACUUGAUGAAUCAGUGGACUUGGAAGACCUCGCCAAGCGCACGCCCUUCUACUCCGGAAGCGAUCUUAAGAACUUAGCAGUCUCGGCAGCACUAGCAUGCGUGAGAGAAGAAAACGAGCAAGCCGCCGUCGCAGCAGCUCAAGCUGCGGCCGGUGAAGCAACACAAUCCGCCUUCUCCACCCCACCGCAGCUCGUCCGCGGCCAGCGAUACACGUUCCCAGAAAAGCGUGUUCUGUAUGCGAGACACUUCGACAAAGCCCUGAUUGAGAUCAGCGCGAGCAUCUCCGAAGAUAUGUCGAGCUUGAAUGCGAUCAAGAAAUUUGACGAGAAGUAUGGCGACAAAAUGGGCAAGAAGAAGAGGAGUGUGUAUGGGUUCGGAAUUGAUGCUGGCACGAAUGAGAAUGCGGCGAGGGUGCGAACAUGA